AGAGAUGUAGCUGCGGAGAGGAUGAAAGAAGGUGACGUGACUGAUCAGAAAUUUCGCAGCCUGAUCGUGCGUGAUUUGAAAGAGAUCGAAAACAAGUUGGAUGCGUUAUCACAAAAGGACCUUAAGGCAGCUGUAGACUUCUUUGAAACAGGACUCGGAUGUCUUUACAGGGUAUUCGAUGCAAUGCACAGUGCUAAUGUUAGUUUGGGAGCAGCGAAGGUAUCUGAAAAAAAUGAAGAAGAGGACUUAAAAGAAAUAACUUUGCCCUCAGACGCUGACCCUGAAAAGACAAUAGUACUUGCAGACGGAAUCAGAAACAUGCAACUAACUGAGUUGGAUGAAACAACGACAAGCCUGCUUUCUGACGCACAAGAGAAAUUCAGAUUAGCUGUUGAAAACGCGACACGCGCCUGCAACAAUGAAUCCCUCAUCACGUUUGACCGAAUCACAGCCAUUCGAUAUCGUGUUAUGGCGGCAAUGUUAAAGUCAGCAGCUGAGACAGUGAGAUCCACUGGCGACUUGAAAAGUACUUUGCAGAAAGCAUUACCAGAGUGCGAACAGUGCCUGAAGAAACUCAAUUCGUUACCAGCUGUUCAGAACAGCUUUAAAUCCGAACUCAGUCAAGGUUUCCUAAACAUCAGAGGUCGAUUUGGUAAAGAUGAACGGAUGCAGAUAAUUUCCACUGUAUGUCAGGUAAAUCGUACCGUCUACGAUGCCAUGCGAACGGCUGGCAAAACUGAGGACGUACAUGUCUUGAAGUGGCCAUAUGUUGACACCGGAGAAGAUCAAGUUGACCCUCUGCGCGAUGUAAGAGUGUUACGAGUGUUGGAGAAAUCAGAGAAAGUUGACAUGGAGCACUACUGCAUAAAUUCGGGGUGGUCGUUUGAU